AUGUACUCCAGUUUAUCCGAAGUAUCCCAAUGGUGUAAGACCGUCGACUAUUUGGGAAAAAGGAGGAAAAUCACUCUGAUCUCUGAUUUCGGAGAAAUAAGUGGCUCACGAGGAAUGGAGAGACAGAUUCUCUAUUUGAUCUCGAAGUCCUCAUAUAACACUUCUUCCAGUCGGAUCACUUGUUGGAAAAACAUAAUGCUCACACAUGUUCCACACGGGCAAGGAAGCAUAAUAUUAUGUUGA